AUGAAUUCUCCCAAACCUACUUCCUUACUUCUUUUCGUACUUGCCCUAGUCACUGCCAAGAUGGUCUUAGCAAGCGAUCCUGAUAUCCUUUCAGAUUUCAUUGCGCCCAUUAACACUACUGUUGAUGGAACAUUCUUCACCUUCUCAGGAAUGCGUGGAGUUCUUAGCAAAUUUCCUCAAAACUUCACGUUAACAAAAGCUACCAUGACUGAGUUCCCAGCUCUUAACGGGCAGAGUGUGUCAUAUGCCGUGCUUCAAUACCCUGCCGGCGGUCUCAACCCUCCUCACACCCACCCUCGGGCCGCCGAACUCUUGUUCCUUGUGCGUGGUACCUUGGAAGUUGGUCUUGUUGACACCAAAAAUGUGCUUUAUAACCAGACACUCCAAGUUGGAGACAUGUUCAUUUUUCCUAAAGGUCUUGUACACUAUCAAUACAACCCAGCAACAACACCAGCUACUGCGAUUUCUUCUUUCGGUAGUGCCAAUGCCGGAACAGUCUCUGUGCCUUUGUCCGUCUUUGCAACAGGAAUUGAUGAUGGAAUUCUUGCCAAGGCAUUCAAGACUGAUAUAUAUACCAUUCAAAAGAUCAAGUCCGGCUUCGGCAUGCCCUAA